AUGUGCGGACGGCGAGCCCGGGCAGCGUCCCAGGGCAGGGCCCAGUGCUGCGCCCUGCCGGGCACCGUGCUCCUGCUCCUCGCCUACCUGGCCUACCUGGCCCUGGGCACCGGCGUGUUCUGGAUGCUGGAGAGCCCCGCGGCGCAGGCCUCCAAGGCGAGGUUCAAGCGCGACAAGUGGGCGCUGCUGCGGAACUUCACGUGCCUGGACGGCCCGGCGCUGGACUCGCUGAUCCGGGGCAUCAUCCACGCGUACCAAACUGGGGACAUCGUCCUGGGCAAUACCACCAGCAUGGGGCGCUGGAAGAUCAUGGACUCCUUCUUCUUUUCCGUGUCCACCAUCACCACCAUUGGCUACGGCAACCUGAGCCCCCACACGAUGGCCGCCCGCCUCUUCUGCAUCUUCUUUGCUCUGGUGGGGAUCCCGCUCAACCUCGUGGUGCUCAACCACUUGGGGCACCUCAUGCAGCAGAGUGUGCACCGCUGUGCCCGCAGGCUGGGGGGCGCCUGGCAGGACCCGGCCAAGGCCCGCUGGCUGACGGGCUCGGGCGCCCUCCUCUCGGGCCUCCUGCUCUUCCUGCUGCUGCCGCCCCUGCUCUUCUCCCACAUGGAGGGCUGGAGCUACGUGGAAGGCUUCUACUUCGCCUUCAUCACCCUCAGCACCGUGGGCUUCGGCGACUACGUGAUCGGGAUGGACCCCUCCCGGCAGUACCCACUGUGGUACAAGAACACAGUGUCCCUGUGGAUCCUCUUUGGGAUGGCGUGGCUGGCCCUGAUCAUCAAACUGAUCCUCUCCCUGAUGGAGACCCGGGGGAGAUCAUAUUCCUGCUGCCACCACAGCUCCAAGGGGGACUUCAAGCCCCGAAGCUGGAGGCAGGGCCCAGAGGGGGAGGCCGAGCCCCACUCCCCACGGCCAGGCUGCUAUCCGGAGGGGCCUGUGGGAGCCAGGCAGCAUUCGGAAGCCUCGACUCAGGUCUCACGCUGUGGGAAGCAGAGCUAGUUGUACUCCAGGGUUUGUUCCCCCUUCUUUCUCAGUAGCAAGACCCCUUAUUUUCAUCUUGGUACAGGGCC